AUGGUGGAGUCGCUAAAUGUGUCAGCCACCGAUGUAAUUAGACUAAUACUACAAUACUUGAAGGAAAACAAUUUAAUAAGAUCAUUUUAUGUAUUACAAGAAGAAAGCAAUGUGAAAUUAAAUGCAACAAGUAAUAUUGAUAUUUUAAUAAGGGAUAUUAAUAAAGGGAAUUGGAAAAAUGUAUUAUUUAAUAUAAGUACUAUAGAUUUAUCUGAUGAUACAUUAAUGAACAUAUAUGAGCAAUUAAUAUGUGAAUUAAUUGAAUAUAAAGAAAAAGAAUUAGCAGAAAAUAUAAUGAAUGAAUGUAUAAUAUUUAAAAGGAUGGAAAAAAAGUAUUCAUAUAAAUAUAAAAAACUGGUAGACAUAUUGAGCAGUGUUAAUAGUGGUAAUAGUGUAGGGAAAAAUAUAUUAUAUGAUGGUAUGACAAAAGAUGAAAAAAGAAAUAAUUUAUGUAUGAUGAUAAAUAAUGAAAUAUCAUCAUGUGCCCCAUCAAGAUUACUCGCUUUAAUAGGCAUGGCAUUAAAAUGGCAAAAUGAGCAUAAUAUUAUUAAGAAUAAAAAUGGUGAAUUUGAUAUAUUUCGAAAUGUCGAAAAAAGUGAAAUAAAAACUAUUGAUGUAUAUCCUGAAAAAAUAUUAAAAAGUAUAAAUUUUGGAAACGAUUCAAAUGUUGAAUGCUGUAUUUCUUCAUAUCAAAAAGAUUAUUUAAUUACUGGAACAUCAGAUGGUUUUAUAGAGAUUUGGAAUUGGUAUACUGGAAAAUUAAAUAUGGAUUUAGAAUAUCAAAAAGAAAAUAAAAUUAUGACACAUGAUAAUGCAAUUGUUAGUUUAUGUAUAAGUAAAGACGAUGAAAUAUUAUUGAGUGGUGAUUCUAAUGGGGUUAUUAAAAUAUGGAGGAUAAAAACAGGUUCAUGCUUAAGACAAAUUAAUGCACAUACUAAUGCAAUUACAUCUAUGCAUUUCAAUACUGAUCAAACACAAGUAUUAACAUGCUCUUAUGAUAAUACCGUUAAAAUACAUGGAUUAAAAUCACUAAAUUGUUUAAAAGAGUUUACAAAUCAUUCAUCACUUGUUCAUUCAGCUAUAUAUACAUUAGAUAAUUCAAAAGUAAUUUGUGGUACCGAUGAAGGUAAAAUUUUUAUAUAUAAUCACAAAACUUGUGAAUGUAUAAAUUCCUUUUAUGUAUAUUAUAAUAUUAAUGAAACUAUUAUAUACCCAGCAGUUAUUAAUAUUAUACUAAUAACCAAAACAUUAGACGAAUUAAUUUUGGUAUGCUCUAAAUCACCUUACUGUUAUAUUAUGAAUCUAAAAGGAAAAAUUAUUAAGACAUAUACCAACAUAACGGAUAGUGAUAUGAAUAGUGAAAAUUAUGUUAAUUUUGUUUAUGCAUGUUUUUCUCCAAAUUAUAAAUAUGUAUAUUGUUUAGGAGAAAAUCAGUACUUAUAUUGUUUCGAUUAUAUAACUACAAAAUUAGAGACACAGAUUAAAUUACAUGAAAAAGAUGCAAUAGGUAUUAUGCAUAAUCAGACACAAAACUUCAUGGCCUCAUGGGCUCUUGAUGGAUCUCUAAACAUAAUACAGUAG